GGAUCUGUCAGCGGUCCGCUGGACUACCGCGCAGCAUCCGGGCUGUUAUUUAACCCAAUUUUGAGUUUCUUUGCUCGAUGGAGGCUCGGAAUUCCUGAAAGGGAUUUUCAGAGUGAACUACCCCAGCAUGUCGGCCGAGGAAGAGGAGAGGGGGGUAGUUCGAGUCAAAGUCAAGAAGUGUGAGGGAUUGCAGCCAGUGGAAUUCCGCUCUUUUGCUGUUGAUCCACAGAUCACAUCGCUGGAGGUGUUGCAACACAUCCUGAUACGAGCCUUUGAGCUCAAUGGAAGGCGUAAUUUUGGCAUUAGUUACCUGUCCCGUGAUCGCAUGGGUGCAGAGGUGUACCUCUCCCUCCUGUCUGAUUGGGAUUUAGAUGCAGCGUUUGUCAGUGCAGCUAAGCCUUACCUCCAGCUUAAGAUGGACAUCAAACCUUCAGAAGACAGUCCAGUACUUGAGGACUGGGACAUCAUAAGCCCGAAGGAUGUCAUCGGCUCAGAUCAGCUACAGGGAGAGAAGAGGUCACUGACGUCCUCGACUCUUCCCUUCACCCAGUCCCUGCUGUCCCAGAUGGGUCGAACAUUGUCUAGGGUGCAGCAGGCAUUAAGCUGGUCAUAUGGGGAGGAGGUCAAGCCAUUCAAGCCUCCACUGAGUGAUACAGAAUUUCACAGUUACUUGAACAGCCAGGGUCAGCUGACACGGCCAGAGGAGCUGCGGCUCCGCAUUUAUCAUGGCGGGGUUGAGCCAUCCCUGCGCAAGGUAGUGUGGCGCUACCUUUUAAACGUGUACCCAGAUGGCCUGACAGGGCAGGAGAGGAUGGACUACAUGAAGAGAAAAACGAGAGAAUAUGACCAGCUGAAAAGUACGUGGGCAUCCAGGGUGAGCCCAGAGGAUCUGGAGUUCAUUCGAGGAAACGUUUUAAAGGAUGUGCUUCGAACAGACCGAGCCCAUCCGUACUAUGCCGGCUCGGAGGACAGUCCUCACUUAACUGCACUGACUGACCUCCUCACCACUUUUGCCAUCACACAUCCGCAGGUUUCUUAUUGUCAAGGUAUGAGUGAUAUUGCCUCUCCAAUCCUUGCUGUCAUGGACAAUGAAGCUCACGCCUUUAUUUGCUUCUGUGGUAUCAUGAAGCGCCUAGAAGGCAACUUCUGGCCUGAUGGUCAACUGAUGUCAAUUAAGUUCCAGCAUCUUAAGUUACUCUUGCAAUAUUCAGAUCCUGAAUUUUACACCUACCUGGUCUCCAAAGGUGCUGAUGACCUCUUUUUUUGUUACCGCUGGCUGCUUCUUGAACUAAAGCGGGAGUUUGCGUUUGACGAUGCACUGAGGAUGUUGGAGGUGACCUGGAGUUCUCUGCCUCCAGACCCACCUGAGACCGAGGUUGAACUUGUUGGGCUACCGCUUGAAGCAGACGAGUCCCCAAAUCGUGACAGCAGCUGCCCAAACUCUGAGAAUGAAAAGCUGGAACAGACAGAGCAGCGGCGGCGACACAUGUUGAGGCCAUCCCGAGAAGAGGCAGACGGGGGACGCAGUCUCAGCUUGGAGGCAGAGAGAAAGGAAGAGAAGCCUUCUGGUCAAGAGGACAAAGGAGUUUAUGGUGUGGAUUGUGCGGUGAAAACUGAAAGCCCUGCACCAGCACCUCCUUUUGAGAAGCAGUCCAGUUUUGGAGAAUUUAAAUACUACAGUGCACGAAAUGAGGACAGUUUUGAAGCUAAUGAAAAUGAAUUAUCAGAUCCCACGUUAUCUUCAGUGAAGUUUCAGUCCAUAUGCUCGUUACCUCUCGCUGUCCGUCAGUCCACAGAAGACAGUGAGGAGGAUCCUGGGGAGAGGCAGCCUUUGAUAAGUGGGAAUGACAAACUUUUGUCUCCUCAGACUGAGGAGAAAAAUUCAUCCAGUGGACAAACAGUUUCUCCCCUUCCUCCAAGCUUACUGAACUGGAAAAAUGGCUCUCAGUUUUCUGCAACAUCUCCUUCAAAGUCCAGCUGUAAAGAAAUGUGUCCUGAUGUUCCAGGAUCAAAGUCGGUCUCCUAUUCAUUUAUUGCGGGUAGUGCCAUAUCUCCUGAUAAGGCUUUGGGGAGAUUUACGUCUUCAGCUGCUAUGUCUAAUGGAACUGGAGUGCACUCGCCAUCAACCCCCACAGGGAAGUCUGCACUUUCCUCUCCAUCCUUGGGCAACAAUCGCUCCCUGCUCUCUUCCCCUGUUUUAUCCUUUGCUAAAUCUCCAUCACUACCCAAACCAUUCUCCAGCAACCUUUCAUCCCCAUGCAAGCUUUCAGGAACUGGUGCAAACACUCCAACUACAGGCAAACCUGACACUACUAGUGGUAUUAAACCCUGUUCCCUUCCUCCUCCUCAAGAGUUUGGGAAGGGCAAUCCUUUCAUGCUUUUCUUGUGCCUCUCCAUCCUGUUGGAGCAUCGUGACCAUAUCAUAAAAAAUAGUUUGGAUUAUAAUGAGCUGGCCAUGCAUUUUGAUCGCUUGGUCCGCAAGCACAACCUUGGUCGUAUUCUUCAGCGCGCAAAAGCCCUCUUUGCUGAUUACCUGCAGAGUGAGGUUUGGGACUCGGAGGAAGGUGACGAGGUCAGCUUGGACUCCCCAACCACAGCUGCGUCCUCACCACAAACACUCCCCAAAACCAGUUUUUCUAACCUGCCGUCCACAGUGACCUCCUCCCCAAACUCUACCUAUAAUCUGGCCUCUACGAUCCCUUCCCCUACAACCCCCAAUGAUCUGUCUCCCUCAUCCUCCUGAUGAAAUUUUAUUUAAGUUUCAUCCCCAAGAGAAGACAAGUCAUAAUCUGUUGUAAUGUUCAUAAGAUUUACCGGUUUUGUUUGUGGCGAACCAAACCUGGAUAAGCACUUCUUUUCUUAAUCAUUCUGCUGGUAUUAGAUUUUUUUUUUUUUGCACAAUUC